AUGUGUGGAGACGUUCAAGCUAACCCUGGUCCUUGUCGUAACAGCACUGGACGACCUUACUCUGAUAACCACCAGACCUCGGAGAAUAUUCUUGGUUGUAUAUUACUUAAUGCAAGGUCAAUCUGCAAUAAGCUGAAUGAGUUCCAUGACUUAGGUAAAAUGAGAAAUGUGGACAUAGUAGCAGUUACCGAAACCUGGUUUCGUCAGAGAAUAUUGGACGCAGAAAUUCUCGACUCAAAUUAUAUUACUUUUCGUCGGGAUAGACCAACUAGAUCUGCGAAUGACAACUCAACAAUACUUGAUUUACUUAUCACUUCUGUUCCUGAAUUUGUCAGAAACAUUACAAUUCUCUCAGGGGAAUUUUCCUCGGAGCAUACGCUAAUUACUUUUGAAAUCAUUAUUCUACUGAAGUGCAUCAAGCCAUUGAAACGUUAUGUUUACAACUAUAAGGAUGCUGAUUUUAACGGAUUAGGAGAACUCUUAAAUUAUAUUCCUUGAGAUGUAGUUUACGAAGAAAAUGACACGUAUUUUUCAACUUUCAAGUGAGCGGAUCUCUUUUUGCAGCUGUUAACGAUUGUGUCCCCAAGAUUGAGAUAAUAGUGCUCCAUGGAUUGAUGCUGAAGUUCUUAAAGCUGUUAGAAAGAAAGAGAGACUUAGAAAGCGGGCCAAAAAGUGAUCCUCCGAAUAUUACUGAGCAAUAUUUCGAUUGCAUCGUGCGGAACUCAAAUCACUUAUUAAAUGGAAUCAUAAGUAAUAUUUCAAAGGUCUGUCACCAACUCUGACAGAAAACCCUGAGCGAUUCUGGGCUUAUUAUCAAGCUAAAUACAAGAAUAAAAGAAUUCCAACAUAUUUGGAAUACAACGGAGUGAAAGUCUCUGAUGCUGAAGAAAAGGCAGAACUAUUCAAUAACUACUUUAAUUCAGUACAAGAGAGAGAUGAUUGUGUUUCCCUUCACGAGGACCAUUUUUCAGUGACUUCAAAGUAGGUAGGACAGUUAAACAGCACAAAUUGCACAAUUUAUUAGAUUAGGUAAAGUGUCCCUUUUGUUAUAAACAAAUCAAGGAACGAUUAGUCAUAGUAGAAAAAUGUUGGUAGAAGUGGUGCUUGGAGAAUAAAGACUAUGUGACUGUGUGCACUAAUUGUGGGAAAGUCGAUGACUUUGAACCAAUCAAAGAGUUUUGUAGCUUCCACGAUGACAAUUGUAAAAUAAUAGUUCGGUCAACAUAUUUCAGGAAAUACUAUCUUAGUAAGUUAAAAUUUAAACUAACCAAAAAGUAUAACAUAUCCACAAAGAAUAAAAAUAGGAUCAUACCAGACUUAGAAAAGAUAAGCAAUGUAUUACCACUAAUCAAUGGUAAUAGAAGGCGGAUGAUUAAUAUCAAUUUCAUCAUGACAUUAAAUAAUAUGCAAAUCAGUAUCGAUUACAUAAAAAUAACCAAAUAAAAAAAAAAACCAUUUAAUAUUAUGACAACCACUGGAACAAUAUAUUGGGACUAAUUAAUGACAUCAACAACAUAAUGCUCGAUAAAUCAUUUAUUACAAGUAAAUUAUUUCUUUUACUGUUGCUCAAAGGCAUCAAUCAAUGAACACAUGUCUAUGGUAAUAUUAUCUACAGCUUUUAGUAGGUCCAAAUAACGUUCUUUAUCAAAUGACACUCUUCUUAAAAAAGGACCUUAACUGAGUGAGUGUCUUUACUAAGAUGGUAAAUGCAAAUCGACAUAAUUCGAUCUUCUUCUUAAAAUCUUUAUUUCUCAGUAUGUUUUUAAUAUCAAACUAGUACCAGGUAUAAUGCUAAGUACGAUGGGAUUCGUUGUUUCCCUUCCAGACAGCUGGAUUCCAGGAAGUGAUAGGUAUUAUGUGAAAAAGCCAGCGCAAAAUUACCACGUAAUAAUAACAACACAGAAUCACUGAUAUCUGAUGGAUAUGCUUUGAAAGUCUCAAGUGCUAUACUACUAUCUUAAAUAGCUAAACCACUUAAACUAGAUUGUGCAGUUUGUGCAAUUGAACAUUUAAGCUAGUUAUUUAUUUUGUGCAGCUGAACUUUUAGUUCAGUUGAACCAUUUUUACUACCUCAAUCAAUUAAGAAAGAUUUUGCAAUCCGUGCAGUUUAACUGUCUUCUGCGGUUUGACUAUUUUACAAGUCGAAUCAAUUAAAAUAAAUUGACUAUUUUAAAUGCUUCAAGAAACUUAACUAAGUUGUGCAGUUUCUGCCGUUUAGUCACUGAAGUUACUUUGACCAUUUAAAGUACUCCAACCAGUUGAGAUAUACUGUCCAAUUUUUCUCAGUCGACCUCCGACUGUUAAAAAGUUGAACCAUUCCACCUAGACUGUCAAAAUUGUGCACUUGAACUAAUAAAGUUAGUUAUACAUUUUAAUCAGGUCAACCAUUGAAGCUUGUCUGACUAUGUGAGGUAAUCGGUUCGGACACAAACUGGCAUAAGUUGUUGAAGUUGGCUGCCUGUCCCUUGUUACUCCUAAUCCUGCCAACUCCUUCCGUCCAUUUACUGCCAAGGUAUCUCGGCAGCUUUUUCCACCACUGACGCAGAGCAUUGGCUGUGCUCAAGUCAUUCAUGGAAUGCAUGCCUGUUAUGGCGUUCCUUGCUUGGUCAAGGGCAAUAGAAAAUUCUUGCAGCCCUGUUCCGUCAUUAGGUUUCACAGCGGGCCCUGUUCGGUCAUUAGGUUUCACAGCGGGCCCUGUUCGGUCAUUAGGUUUCACAGCGGGCCAGCUCGAUGGUUUCGUGAUGUAUACACUUGCAACCUUGUAUGUGUUUCUGCAAACGUUUUCUAGCCACUUUCUAUGAAUCUUUACUCUUCAUUUGUAUACAACCCUGAAGCAGUUCCUUUACCUUUCCACUAGUGUAUUGAUCCAAAAAACACAAGCACUCACCAGGAUUAUCUACCUAAGAUUCUAUGAGAACUUCGAAGGCUGCUAUGAAUGAUGGGUAUGACAUCACAUCUCCAGAGAACAUGGGCGGCUUGUGAAUAGGUGACAGACUUCCGGCCUAUUCUGUUAAAAAUAAUUUUUGACAGUUCUGCCUGUUUCCUUUGAAUGUCAAAAUAGUCUUGAUCUGGUUUUGUACUUUCUACAGCGCUUGAAUCCUUUCUGUAAACGUACAUAGAUCCUAUCUUAUCGUCAUGAUAUAGCUUCGUAUCGGGGGGAGUCCCAUUGUCUUCUUCAAUUUCAAUUAAUGCGAAGGUUUCUUGGAUCAAACGGUUGGGCAGUUGGGUAGCAGCACUGACUGAGAUGGGCGUGGUUACAGAAGUGGUCGUUGAAAUGAUGCUGACAAUAGCUGAUCUUUGGAAUUUCACAGAAGGCACCUUUACUGUAGACUCACCAUUAGGUUGUGCCUCAGAUAAGAUGGGAAUGAAAGUCACUUUAGCUGGUACAUUUUUCAAAUAAUCAUUCAUGCCAUCAAUGACUUGUUGUUCAUCAAACUGCUCAUAAGUUUUCUCUUCAGCCCUAGCCUCUGCAACUUGCAUCCGAAGUUCAAGCUCCUCAGAGACCAUUCUUAGCGCUCGCCUCCCCUAGAAGAAUAUUGCCUUAGCCUCUAAUGCUGCAGCCUUAGCCUUUGCUUCAAUUAACUUUAACUUAGUGGAUGAUGUUGAGAAAGUAGAGGGCCUUGAGUGACCGGAUGAUUAGAUUUCACCUUGAAUGAAUCAUGUAAAUCACCACGCAACUUCUUUGCCUCACCCAGAAACUCAAUAACACUUUGCUUUAAUUGAAACACAAGCCUUAUUACGACUCUUAUACCAUUGCUGAGCUCAUUUGAUCUCACCAUCAUCAUUCGGGCAACUGAGAUACAUAUCAUGUGUGUCUUGCAUUUUAACAAGAAACUUAUCAAAUUGCUCAACCUCAGUAGGCACUUGUUUUCCGCUCUCAAAAUCUGCUAACAAGGGCGAGAUUAUGUUUAUCUGCUAGUUAAGUUAGCGAGUACAGUUUUCCGAAUUUCCUUUAACUUUUGAAUCUCAAAUUGCUUACCCUUUUCCGUUUUUUCGCGCAUCCACGUGAGUUUCUUAAGCAACUACAGCACCGGUCAGUGGAGAUAUUGCACCUGGUGACCAACGGCGAGAUUAUUUGUUUUCCAGAUCCAUUUCACACCAGAUGGCAUCCUUUUCUGCAUCGAAAGGAUUUUCCUUUGGAAAUCUCCCUCCCUGCCUCCUUUGUGUCCUUCCAUGUAUGAUUCACUCUAUGUCAAACUGUAUCAGCCGUAAAAUCCAUUCUUUAUUCCUCUAGAUCAGCGAAACGCUCGUUACCAUAACCAUUAAUCGACGAGUUUACACAAUUUUCAAUCCUUUAGCUUCCUUGUAUGUUCCUUGACAAACGACAGCCCAGUAUCUGGUUCCUUAGCCAUAUACAAGGGGAGUAUGAACGAAGCGAAAGAAAAGGCUCAGUGCCGAGGUUUGGCCUGAACUGGAAUGAACCUCGGUAAAAUCACGUGACCUAAGAUGUUCGGACGGACUGCUUCGAUUACAAAGGAUAACCAAUGUCAGAAACUGGUAUUUACAAUAUCUGCUACAACCUUGAAUACCAUUACCAGUUAAUGGUUUUAAUAACAAGGGCAUACCAAUACUUGCAUGCAAUGUACAAAGGAACCCACCACUUUGUUUCUUUGUCGGUUUGAUGCCUCUGCAGUGCUCAACUGAGCUAACAGUUUAUAACAGCGAAGAUCGCUUUCACAUUCACAUCUUUAUCCGUAGCUCAAAUAUAUGACUUUCAUACAUUCACAGCCGUUUAUUCACCACUUCACGGGUUUAUUUGGAACCAACACAGUGAUCAGCUCCCAGUUGACUUGUUAGCUCAGUUGUUAAAGCACUGCACUGGCAUCGAAGAGGUCAUGGGUUCAAAGCCCGUACAGGCCUGAAUAUUUUCAGGCCUUCUUUUCACUACGGCUUAAGUAGUGUUCAUAACUGCGAAGAUCGCUUUCAUAUUCACCUCAGUUUGACUGUUAAACCAGCUUAACCAUUUCAGCUAGAUUGUCCAGGUUGUGAAUUUGAAUUGAUUAGGCUGGUUAUCCAUUGUUUUUCAAUUGAAGCAAAUAAGCUACUUUGACCAUGUGAACUACUUCGACCAGUUAAGCCAGACUAUGCAGUUUGUGCAGUUGAUCCUAUUGAGCUAAUUAUGCAUUUUGUCCGGUUAAAGCCUUUAAGUAAGUUAAGCAACAUGAACCAAUUAAGAUGGAUUGUUCAAUUUGUCCAGUUUGACCAUGUGAACUACCUGUGUAUAUAACCACUGGACAAACUUUUCAAUCAAGCUUAAUUGGUUGACCAGGUUAAAUAAUCAAACUAGCAAAAACAGUCAGACUGCAGAAAUUUCAAGAUCUACAUUGAAUGGUUGAAGUAGUUAAUACGAUCAAACUACCUGAAAAGAUUUAACUGGACAAAAUGUAUAACGAGCUUAAAUGGUUACGCUGCACAACCUACCUUAAUUAGUUCAACUGGUUAAAAUGGUCAAACUAUAGUUAUAUAGUUCAACUGAAAAAAUUGCAAAAAGCGGAAAGAGUUAAACUGUAAAAAAUGCAAAAAUUAAGUGAGUUGGCUCAAUUGGCUGUUUCGAGCUUUAUGUAAUGGGAAAAACAACGGUUUGGCUUUUUUGUUGCUAAAUUAUCCUGUUUUUAACCUUAUCGCACCAAAAGGUUUCAUACCACUGAAAAAAGUUUUUCGCAUGUCGGCAGCUGAUCACCCUAAUUUUAGCUCUAUUUUACUGAAAAAAAAUUGGUGUUUGCUUUCGGUGCAAUUAAGCUAAAAAAUAACGACAUUCAGCGGCAAACAACCGAAACAACGUUUUGAGGGAGAUAAAGCUGAAAUCUAUGUGAUUAGCUUCAUGAAGGCAGAAAACCUCUUUUCAGAGCAAUAAGCCUAAUUUAACUGCAAACAAACGAAAACAUGUUUUGGGUGCGAAAAAGCUGAGAAAAGUGUAAUUUGGCCAAAGAAAUGGCCAAAACGUUACAUUAAGCGAGAUAAAGCUUAAAUCAGCGUGAUUAGCUGCAAAAAAGCAAAAGGCAUUCUUUUGAGUGCAAUUCAGUGGCAAGCAAGCCAAUUUAGCUAAUUUUUCCCAUUUUUUUUUGGGUUUCACUGUUUCGCUUGUUUGAUGGCUUAAACCAUUUGACCCAAUUAGCUUUUUGGUGGAUUUGUCCACAGGAGUCAAUUGAGCCAACUCAGCUACUUUCUGCAUUUUGUGCCGUUUGGCUGUUUCCGCUGUAUGCAAUUUUUUUUUAGCUUAACUGUCUCCUUGCUAGUUUGAUUACUUAAUCACUUGAGCUGUUUAAGCUGGUUAUGCUUUUUGUCAAAUGAAACUCUAACCCUAAGCUAAGUUUAACCAUCCUAGGUACUUGGAAGUUGAACCACUGAUGGUAGAUUGUGCAGUUGAACCGAUAAGAUAAUUAUGCUUUUUGUCUAGUUGAGCCAUAUCAGCCACUUUGAGCACUAAUUUUGGCUUUUUCUUAUAUUACUUCCUGAAAUCCAAGUGUCUUUCUUAGUUUGACUCUUUAACCAACCGACCCAUUUUAGCUACUCUGACUAUUUAACGAGUUUAACUAAUUAAGCUUGAUUGCGCAGUUGGUGCAGUUGAUGCUAUUAAGCUAGUUAUGCAUUUUGUCCGGUUGAACCAAUUAACCUACUUUAAGCAUUUGAACUACAUCGACCAUUUGAGAUAGUACAGUUAGUGCACUUUACUGUUUUCGCUAGUUUGAUCAUUUACAGGAUUUUUAAACCCUGUCACCUUUUAAAAAAGAUGACAAACGAGAUUUUGGGUCUGAUGGAAAGACUACAAGGCUACUGAUUUCAAUAUGGCUGAUGAUUAAAUAAUCUAUUUAGCCAAACCAAUUGAUGCUAAAGAUGCUCAAAAUAAAUUUUAUCUUAACACACAAACAAACAAUUUAUUGAAAACUGAUUUGAAAAAACCGAUGUCCACCGAUUGUAAUACGUCCAAUUAAAUAAAAAGUUAAUUUAGCUACAUUUACAAAUGUGGAUGGAGUUAAACAAGCGGCAACAUCGGUAUUUGUACCUGUAUACUGUUUUAAUUAUGUAAUGGAUCAUGAUAAUAAAAAGGAAGCCAAAUUCUUAAGGUCAAUAUCAAAAUAUGCAGUUUCCAAUGAUUUACAUUCCACAGUAUAAAGUGACAAAUUAACAUUUGAUGUGGAUGGAACAUAUGUAUUUCAUUACAGAUAUGUUUGAGCGGGGCUUGCAACACAUUUCUACCAUAAAGUAUAUGAUUCUUCCAGAUGCAUUGGUAGGCGCUACACAGAAUUCACAGAAAACACAAACGAUAAAUAGAUAGAUGUUACAUUUUUUGGGAAUAUCUGGAACAUUUACUGGUCAUUCCAUAUCACUCGGUGUACAUAAUGGCACUCUCGAUGGUGGGCUUUAUGCUCAAUUAAUGAUGAAAAAACAUCUGACUGAUAUAAACAUAUUGCAUAUGAGCUUCAAAAAGAAGCGUGUUAUAAACUUCAAUCAUAUAGCUAAAUCACUAAAAAAAACAAUAAAUGAAACCACAUUAUUAUACAAAUACUCUGCUAAAAAGCUUCGGUCGGUAAAAAAAGCCCAUACGAGGUUCAAAAACCGAAAUCUGUCAUGCAAUUUGUCAUCGUCCUUUUUAUAGUAGGUGGUACUAUAGCUGGAAGGGUAUCAAAGAAUCCCUUCGUACUUGGCAUUUACCUGGUAAUGGUUUGAUAUUAAAAACAUAUUGAGAAAUGAAAGACUUUAAAAAGAAGAUCGAAUUAUGUCGACUUGCCUUUACUACCUAUGUAACGAUACUCAAUGACUUAAGGUCCUUUUUAAGAGGAGUGUCAUUUGAUAAACAGAGUUAUUUGGACCAAUUGAAAACUGUAGAUAACAUUGUCAUAAACAGGUGUUCACUGGUUGAUGCUUUUGAGCAACAGCACGAGAAGUAGUUUACUUGUGAUGAAUGAUUUAUUAAGCAUUAUGCUGUUGACAUUAUUAAUUAGUCUCAAUACAUUGUUCCAGUAGUUGUGAUAAUAUGAAAGGGUGUUCUUUGAUCUGAUUAUUUUCAUGCAAUCUAUAUUGAUUUGCAUAUCAUUUAAUAUCAAGAUAAAAUUGAUAUUAAUCAACCGCCAUCUCUCUAAAGACAGCUAUUUUACUAGUUAGUGAGACUAUCCAAAAUAACUUAACUGCACAAAUUGCACAACCUAUCUUAACUGGUUAAACUAGCUCAAAUGUUCAAACUAGCUUCAAUUGUUGAAGGGGACAAAAUGCCUAUUUAGCUUAAUAGGUUCAACUGCACAAACUUCUCUAUCUAGUUUAACUGAUUAUAAUGGUUAAAUAACCAAACUAACGAAAAACGUAAGAGUGCACAAAUUGCACUGUCUAUCUCAAAUUGUCGAUGUAGCUCAAAUGUUCAGGCUGGGUUAAUUGGUUCAACCCGACAAAGAUAGGAUCAACUUCACCAAUUUUACAAUGAACCUUAAUUGGCUAAUCUCGCUAAAUAGUCAGGGUAACCAAGACAGCUGAACAACUGAAAAAAUUGUACAGUCUUUCCUAAUUGGUUCACGUUGUUCGAAUUGCCAUACUAGGUUCAAUAAUUAGCCUAUAAAAAAAUGGAUAACUGGCUUAAAUGGUUGAAAUGCUUAGAUAGCGAAACCAAGGAGGAGAGCUAAAUUGCUUGAAAUAGUGCAAUGGUCGAACUACCUUCAAUAGUUGAAGUUUAUAUGGUUAAAGUGGAAAAAACCAGUGAGUAUCUUAAAUUGUUCAACCGGCUUAAUGUUAAUUGGGUGAUUACAGUUAAAUAGCACAGACUGCACAAUCUAUGUUAGUUGGUCGAAGUAGUUUACAUAGUUAAAUUAGCAUAAAUAAUAUCAAUAAAUAAUAAUAUCAUGCAUAAGCAUGAUAUGCACUUUGUCCAGUUCAACCGCUUCAGCUAGCAUCAAUUUGUCAUAUGAGACAGUUUGACUGUUCUAAACUACCUCGAUCAAUUAAGAGACGUCAUAAAAUUUGUGAGGUGACUCUGACUACUUAAUCAUAUGAACUAAUUAAUCUAGUUUGAUUAUGUUAACUAGCUAAAGCAAUUAAACUUGAUGGUGCAGUUUUUGCAAUAGCUUAAAUGGGUCAACUAGCUAAAUGUCAAUCGAGUGAUAAAAGUUAAGCUGAACAAAUUGCACAAUCUAUCUUAGUUAGUCAAACUAGAUGAAAUGGUUGAACUGAAAUAAAAUGGAUAACUAGCUUAAUUAGUUCAACUGCACAAUCUGGACAAUCUAUCUGAAAUGGUUCAAGUGGUUUUACAGCCAAAGUUGAACUGAGAAAAAUUGCACAAUCUAUCUGAGCUUGUUGGAGUACUCUAAAUGGUCAAAUCAACUACAAUGAUAAACGGCAAUCUAGCUAAAUGUCUUAAAGUAUUUAAAAUGGACAACUAUUUUAAUUGAUUCGACUAGUAAAAUGGUUAAACAAGGGAAGACAGUGAAACUACAGAUAUUGCAAAAUCUUUCUUAAUUUGAAUUGUAGAAGUAGUUGAAUGGUUCAAUUGCACAAAAUGCAUUGCUAGCUUAAAUGGUUCCAUUACACAAACUGCAUAAUCUAGCCUAAGUGUUUUAACUAUUUAAGAUAGGAGUAUAUUUUACUUGGGGCUUUUAAGGCAUAUUUACCAGAUAUCAGUGAUCUUGUGUUUCAAUUAUUGCGCGGUAAUUUUGCGCUGGCUUAUUCAUAUAAUACCUAACCUUUCCUAGAAUCCAACUUUCUUCCCUAGUUUGACUAUUUAACCAGUUGAACCAUUUAAGCUAGUAUGGCCACUUAAACAACUUUAUCAAUUACGGUAGAUUGUGAAAUUUGUGCAGUUUAAAUGUCUCAGCUACUUUGACUAUUAAACCUGGUUAAUCAAUUAAGCUUUAUUGUGCAGUUGGUGCAGUUGAUGGCAUUGUUUCCUGUUGAGCCAGUUUACCUAGUUUGACCAUUUGAACUACAUCGACCAUUUGAGAUAAAUAGUGGACUUUGCGCACUCUUACUGUUGUAGUUCAGUUUAACCAGCUUAACUAAAUUGAGAGGUUUGUGCAGAUGAAUUUAUGAAGCCAGUUAUGCAUUUUGUCCCGUUGAACAACAUAAGAUAGUUUGACACAAACUUAACAAUUCUAUCUCCGUUGGUUGCAGUAGUUCAAAUGAUCAAACUAUGCUUAAAAGGGUCAACUGGACAAAAUGCACAACUAGGUUAGAUAGUUCAAACGGUAAAAUAGUCAAACUAUCACAAACCUAAUGACUGUACAGUCUACAUCAUCUGUCAUUUGGUUAGACUAAUUCAGAUGGUCAAUCAAUCUGAAAUUGUUCGAAUGGGCAAAAUUCAAAACUAGUUGAAUGGUUAAACUCAACAAAAUGCAUAGGUAGCUUAAAUGACUCAACCGUCUAAAUAUAAAUCAAGUGAUAACAGUUAAACUAUACAAAUUGCACAAUCUAUAUUAUUGCUGGAAGUAGUUCACAUGGUCAAACAAUCUUAAAUGAUAUAACUGGAGAAAACGCAUAUGUAGCUUGAUAGGAACAACUGAACAAACUGCACCGACUGCACAUUCUGGCCUAAUUGGUCGAAGUAGUUCACAUGGUUAAACCAGCUUGAAUACUUCAACCGAACAAAGUGCAUAACUAGUGUAAUCCAUUUAACUGCGCAAUUUGAAAAUUUAGCUCUAAUAAUUCAACUGGUUUAACAGUCAAACUAAGGUCAACUGAGAAAAAAUUGUACAAUAUAUCUUAACUGGUUGAAGUUCUUUAAAUGGUCCAAUUAACUUCAAGGAAUAAGAGGCACAAACUGCAGAAUCUAGCUGAAUUGCCUGAAGUAGUUAAAAUGGCCAAAAUGUUUUAUUUGGUUCGACUAGUUAAAUAGUCAAACCAGCCAAGACAGUUAAACUGCACUGAGUGCAAAAUCUUAAAAAUGUUAAUUGGUUGAGAUAGUCCAAAUGGUAAAACUGCCUGAUAUGGCUCAACACAACAAAAUGCAUACCUAUCUGAAUCGGCUCAAGUGCACAAACAGCACAAUCUAGCUUCAAUGGUUCAACUGACAAGUACUUAAGGUGGUCAAACUUAGCUUAGGGUUGGGGUCUGAUCGGACAAAAAGGAUAACCAGCUUAAUUACGCUCUCCUUAGUUGCAUCGCUUUAAAGAGGUGUUUUUGCUUGCUUGCAGCUAGGCACGCUGAUUUUCGCUUUAUCUCACUUGAUACAACAUUUCGGUGACUUUUUUCGGCCAAAUUACGCUUUUCUCAGCUUUUCGCACUUAAAACAUGUCGGUUUGUUUGCAGCUAAAUUGGGCUGUUCUGGGCUUGAUCUCACGAAAAGCAACGUUUUCCUUUUUUUUUUCCUAAACUACGCCGUUUUUGGCUAUAUGACACCGAAAAGAUUUUUCUGUUUGUUUGUCUCUAAAUUUACACUGUUUUUAGUUUUAACUCACUGAAGACUAAGUUUAAAGCUUCUAUCCAGCCACAUGCAGCCAAAUUACGUCACUUAGAUUUAUCUCACCGGAAACGCUUUCCCGCUCGUUUGCCGCUGAAUUGAGCAGCUUUAAGCUUUAUCACAGCCAAAAGACGUUUCCUGCCUGUUUUCAGCUAAUCACCCCUAAUAAAUCUGCAGAUCAUACCAGAUCAUUGGUUCAUAUACACAAGUACCAUGAGGUAACACUCUGUUACAUGAUGAUGGAUUUAGGGAUCAAUGGAGCCAUCUGGUCACGGCACACAAAAUCGAGUACAAUGAGGACGUUAAAAAGAACGAGCGCAUUUAUUCGAUUUCAACGUACAAUGAGCUCGAUGCCAACGAUCUUUCGUAACAUCGUGUCCGUUGUCUAACAACGUGCUCGAUUUCAGCUUUUCCAAAAUUGUUGAUUAGAUCGUUUACGAUGCGAGCCAAGCGUUGACGAUGUACUCGUCGACACCCAAAUCGUCGACCGAUGAUGUCUACAUUGAAUCGUAUCAAAGGAGCAAAAGUACAGAACGUGGUUCUACGAAAUUUCAGUCAACAUUUCACUUGAUUUUCUUAUCGUAAUAUCUUUGAUAACACAGAGGAAAGUAGAAAAUAGAGCAAUAAAGCGUGGGAAAGGAAGAAUGCAGCCAACAGUAUUUGAUGAUGGGUGUUCCGAGCGAUUAUUUGGGAAAUAAAAGAGAGGCACAAAGAAUGAUUCUUCAAAGACCUGCAGUUUAUUAUACAUUCAUGGGCGCUUCCUUAGGUAAAAUCACAUGAGCACGUUUCCUUGAUAAGAUUUUCCCUCACAGGUUUUUCUAGAUGUUGAACAUGUAUACGGAAAAAGUAAAAAAAAAAGUAAUUGCAUUUUUCCAAAAACUAACAUGCUUGAUUUUACCGAGGAAAGAAUUAUUGCAUCACCUUAACUAUCAACAAAAUCAGUACAUUCUAUUCCCUCCUUUACGAUUCUCGUUGCGAUAUAUUAGCUUUAACACAUGAUACUUCAAAAGUGGUUUAAUUUGUUUUCCAGCCUCAGGAGAACUUGUUUGUCCUGUCCUGCAAUAUCCCUAAAUAUUGUGCUUGGCGGGACUAAAAUUGAAACAUUCUCUCUGCUAAACAUCCGGAUCACAACGCCGGCGUCUCUUUCUUAGGUAGUGAGUAUGCUCUGGUUGGAAAAAUAAAGACAAAACAUUAUAUACUCUCAGGAUUGGAUACGGCCAAAAACUAACGAGACAUUGCAAGGUCAGUGCGUUUUAUUGAGAACAGCAUGCAACAAUCAUAAUAAAAAAAACAUCCAUGGGGCUCGUAUCUUAAUAAUCGCAACUUGUCACGGUUAAAAGCUCCAGUAAGUCUCGGCAAUCAUUACGAUCGCAAUAGACUCAUGGAUUCCUACAACAAAUCUUCGUCACAACUUCUGCAAGAUGCAGGGCUGUACCCAAUUACUAAGUAGAAGGUGGUAGAGAUCACUACUAUUUGUUGGCUCACCCCAACGCAUCUUGAAUUGUCUACCGUCAAAACAAUGAUUUUUCCGGAGGGUUUGACCAACUUCACGGAGAUAUGGUGUUCUUCUCUCUAAAAGAAACUAUUGUUCAGUGAGCAUCAGAUUGUUACAAGUAGGUCGCUUAAUUAAUUUUCUUGACAAAUUUUUAAACUUCGCAAAUGCUGGAAACUUGAAGCAGCCACCUCAAUUUGACUUUGGUACGAAUACUCCAAUUUAACCUUCGUCUGGUCCUGUUUUAUCCAAAACUUCGUUGGGUGUAAUAUCACGAAUUUAAAAAAAGAAACGGAAAAAAGAAGAAACUUUUGCCAUUCAUAACUCGUCUUAAGCUUAAAUCUUACCCAGAUACAGCAGUUUACGCUUACAUGCAAAAUACGUUAUACUCUGACAAUAAAUUAGUCUUAAUUAAGUACCUGCGGAAAAGAACGAUUGCAUUCGGAAAAAGCGCAUCCAUCUGCUUCUACUUCUGCCACUGCUGCCACAGCAUGCCCUACCCAAUGCUGUAACUGUCAAAUACCAUGAUGAGAGAACAACCUGCAUAUUUAGGAUUAUGUAAGAAACAACUUCCAUUUACUUUACUGCAUAGAAAAAGCUUGAAUUGUUGUUUUCCUUUGUUAACAAAUUACAUAGAAGAAAGUAUAGAAUAUAUGAAGUUUACUGUAGGUAUACCUUUGUGAGAGAUAGCCUUUAAAUGGUGGAGGUUCAUUGUGGUGUGUCUGAUUACCUCCUCUGCUUUCGAUUUAUCACCUAGAGAUAAGACAAUUAGACUUUUAAAGUAUCAAGGCUGGUCACUUUCCUCUAACGAAACAUGGAGGCAUGCACCAACAGCAUCAUUUACCUGACAACCACGCAGCAAUGACUUGGCGUUUGGUAACACCUACUUGUUGCAGAGUGAAGACAUAAGCACCACUCAGGGGACCUGGAUCUUCACCAACACGUUCUUAUGUGACACACAAGGUGAUAUGUUAAGUGCCACAAGGACCAAAUAGCUGCCAACAUAUUUGUUAGUUGUGUAUCCUCGUUAAGUGUCCUUUGGAAUAAAAGGAAUAUCCUUCAAUCCAUAAUGAGAAACAAUACGAGACUAGAAGUGUACAUAUUAAUAUUUGGAAAAUUACUAAACAGUCAAGGGCCCAGCGCUCACUAAAAUUUGCGUUUUGAGCAGGAAAAAAAAAGAAACAUCUACAUCAUUCAUCUUUGAAUAGAAAUUUUCACAAGAGGUGGAGUAUUUUUCUGUUAAUUAAAGCUAAAAAUAACUACGUUUACUCCUGUACUUCUGGCAUGUUCUGUUUAGGGCACUUUUAAUAACAAUUUUUUACUUUGUUUGAUACUGUUUAGCCUACCUGAUGACAUUGACACUCUCAUCAAACAAGACCACCACAAUUGGUGUCAGGUCUUGGUGGCUCUAUACAACAGCCUAAAAAAAUCAAAGAAAGAUGGUUAAAAGGAGGGCUGCAAGGUAAAUACAUCCAUGCACAAAUUAACACUUUCAUAAAUUUCAAAUGUAAAUGGACAUAGGGUCCACAUUAAUCAUCUCUCAAGGAGGAGGUACAGCAGUUGGACCUGCUGUAAGGGUCCUUCAAUAUCUGACAACAAUUUUUCCACCUGUCAAUCAGGGACCUUUACAGAUGAGAACAACCUCUAAUUAUGAUCUGCUUGUCUCCACUGCCUAACCAUUUCAUAGAGGGGUAAACUAGUGUAUGAAAUCCGGACUGAACACCCAUUCUAGUGUUUCAUUUAAUUGUUGCUGGCUGGACAACUUGGUAUAAAUUAGCUUCUACCUUUCAUAGAAUGCCAAAAAGUGCUGAAUAAGAGAUCAAAUUACAUCAAAUGACAUUUGUUUUAAGAAAGCUUAUAAUACUAAAAAAAAAAUUUUAAAUGCCCUCACCAAAGACUCCAGCACCCUCUAUGGCUUUUUGGCGACUCGCUUCUCCUCCUAUCAAGAUUGAAAAACAGAUAUCAACCAAGGCAAUAAUUGUAAUCACCUACAUCUUGUAAUAAUCCAGGAUCAAAUCAUAUAAGUUGCAAAAACAUUGCCAUAAAAAACUAAUUUAAAUAACCAUAUAGGAAUGUAUAACAAGCAUUCUUACAACAGCUUGUAGCACUCACGGUUCACAAGUGAACAGUAUUAAUGUGUAUUUGCUACUAUUUUGAGGGUUUCAUGCAUUUUCAGCUUGUGGCCUUUCUCGCUUUCUGAAUAUAACUUUUAAAAUUUAGUGAUAAAUCUUUGCUGAUUGGUCUGAAUACAGAUUUUCUGGGGGAGACCAAUUAAAAUAGGAAGUUGCUCAGAUUCUACCUUGCCAAACAGACCCUUCAAUUUUGUUAUUGAAAGUUCCAAAACUCAAAGGGACUCAAAUAAGGGAAAAUACUGUAUAUUGUGUCAAUAGAGGGAAAUAUUUUCCAUCAGGUAAAUUUGUAUCCAUACCAGACUGGAUGUUCUCACUUAUUUGUUUUAUAUCUUAUUUAUUUUAUAUCUGUAAAGGUAUAAUUAUAAGUAAACAGAUUUCUAACUUCAGAUGCAUAAUUGAUUCUUAGUAAAUUCAAACCUUCUAAACCCACAGCCCUGGUAGAAGAAGCUAAAGAAGAAAAACAGCAUUCAUCGUCAAAAGAUUCAGGUGUGCUGAAACGACAAAAGCCUUUACUACUAAGACAAAAGAAAUAUCAAAUAAAGAAAACUAAGCUGAACAAUGAAGCAUACACCUGCCCCCCCAAAAAGCAGGGAACUAUUUUUCAGUUCAACUCAAGGAUGUACAUUUUAAAAAAAUCAGGUUCUUGCAAAAAACAAUUCACUCUUCAAUAAAGUUUAUCUUUAUUUCAAGUGAAAUGGUCAAAACAAUAAAAUUCAACUACAAUGAAUGCUGCUUUAAGUGAUACUUUCACAAUUUUGGGUUUAUGACAAGACAUAUCUGUGUUGCCAAUAUAUUUGUUCAUACCAUAGUUUCCUUUCAAUACAUCUAUGAUAAAUGUCUGGGCUGCAGCAGAACAAAAAAGCAGUCAGUUGUCAAUUGCUCGGUUACUAGAGACAUACAUCUCAUGCAAAUUAUUCAGUACUGUUUGGAAUCAGCAGGAACACACUACAAUACAAAGCAAUUAUUUGUGGUAUGGAAUCUUUAACUAAUUGCAAGAAAUGUAUACCUUUUGAGGAAAUUUAUUACUUGUAAGGAAACAGAGGACAAGGUACACUUAUAAGUAUUCCUGUAACUAUUCACGCAAGGACAAAACGAUUAAAGUAAUGCAUCAGUCUGAUUGUUAAAACUGUAAUAUGAUUGUGAAGCCAUCAAUCAUAACAGAAAUGCCUAGAAUGCAAGUGUAAAGCCGUACCUUCCAUGUAAGCACCUAUGUACUUAUUAAUAAAUGCUACACAAUGCACAGUGUAAAAAAAAAGGACAUUUGCCCACUUUUCAUACCAGGCAGUUGGUUAUGAGAUCUAACAGACACUAUUUGCAGAUCUUGGGAAUUGCUUUUAUGGCUGAGACCCACACCCUGUCCUGUAGACAUCAAUAUAGACAACAGCGUAAUGCAUUUAAUAAUCAUAAUACCAAUAAUGAUAAAAAUACAAAUUUUAUAAUUCUUUAAACAGAUGGCCCAUUUGACAAAAUGGUUUUCAACAGAGGGCCAUAA